AUGCAAUGGCAUGAAGUGCUAGCUGCUAGCUGCACCUCUGACCAGAAGUACAUCAUCACUUCGCCCAACACCGAUUGGAUCCCCGAGCCUCUCAUUGGCCUAGUCAAAGUCUUCCUUCGAUCAGACUAUCGCUACGGCUCCCACGAUCCUUUCCAAUGGCCCCAAAACUUCUCCAAUGAGAUGCCGUUCAUAUCUGCUGUCCUCAGAGAGGAGCAAUCCCCUUUUGAAUAUUCGUGCCUUUGGUGGACACCCAGCGAAGAACAGUUUCGAACCGUUGAAGGGUGUAUUUUCACUUCAAUUGGAGUUUUGGAACAUUCGGCUCUGCAACGGCUCCGCGACAUCGCUUGUCAACUGGAAGACGAAGCUGGUCUGUUUUUGGCACGCUCUUCUCAUCCUGUGCUCAAGCAACUUCUUGGCCGCCUCCACACCUGCCUUGAUCGCCUUCGUUUCUACCCUUGCACCUUCCGCGACGUCUGCUUCCAAGUUCGCGAAGCGCAGCGGUCAUGGCUUAUGUGUAGGGCCUUCAUCGACUUCUCUUUGGCCACCAACCGGUCAUCAUCAGCUUUUCAGCCCCUGCAAACCCGCUUCAUGGGAGCUUUUACGACAUCUCCAGAUACCGUCCAGCUGCUCCAUAGCUCCGGGAUCCCAGUUUGGUUCAUCCGUCCGGAUGCUUCUGUAGAUAUGCACACCAUCAUACACAUCAAGCAACCCACAAUAGCAUGCCGCGGCAUUGAACAGUCACUCUACCUCGGUGGGACGGAGCCCAUCUACUCAGGUCUGUCUGAUGGCCGACUCGUCGAAGCUGUAUGCCGCCAAAAACACAUGUAUGUCGACGUAUCUGUGACGCCCAUCCUUGUUCGUUAUGAUGCCGAGUCCUAUGUGCAUCACAAGAGCACAAACAAGACCACUGGGAAGGAUGCGAACGCGAGCAACACCUUGACCGCCAGAGGCAAUGCGCACUCCCAGCCGCACCCGACCCAGAUCCGUGGGCGAGACAAAUUCCUCGACCCGGUCCACGAUUGGAUGCCACCCUCGAUCUCUGCAUGGAAGGCUGCAAUGGAGUCUGCGGAUCGGUCUUGUCCCCAAUGCCCUUCUGACCAAAUAUGGGGGUAUUGGGUUCCUGAGCCAGCUCUGUUACUGGGUCCCAGCAUGGAGGAGCGUGUUCGGCUCUACAUUAUGUCUUGGCUCCGAAUCCGCCCUGCAUGGUUGUACCUGCUCCCUCUCCCCGACAGUCCCGUGACGAAGGUUCGACCUCAGUGGUGGCGCGAUAUACUCAAUAACUGCCAGUUUAGUGCUGAAGCUGAACCGGAUAGUCGGCGCGAGAAGAGGCAGAAGGACAUCAGCGCCAUCUUCGGAGUCAUUCUCGACUGCAACAAAGCCAUUCUUCCUGCAGGUGAACAUGUUGGCUGGUUCGACCACCGUGUAUCCAUGGGGCGCAUCCAGGGGAGCAAUGCGAAAAUAAUUCUCUACGAAAUCUUCGAGCUUGGCUUCCGAUACGAGCUCCUCGCCCUCGACCGCAUCCUACACCCCAUGCCGAACCAACAGGAUGCGGAGAUCAUUCGGGAGCAACGACUUGCAGAGGUCUUUGCGGGGAGGGAUCUUUAUCGACUCCACGAGGAGCCUAAGACCUUCGCCGGCCUAGGUGCUGAAGAUCCACAAGAUCCCGUGCGUGUUCGGUGCCUCGAAGCGCUUCGCCGGGUGGUAUCGGAGUGGCCGCUGUGCCCCCCAGACAUAGUCGUUCCUGCGUUUCCUAUUGGCGUUGCAUCUCCACUACAUGCCAUCAGAGAUAUGGAACGUAAAGUAGCUGCGUUCUACAUCAAGUCGUUUUUCACAUAUGCAGGCCGGGCUCCCCUAGUACCCCACCGAUUUCCCUUAAAUGUGCCCCACGUUUCUUGA